AUGUGGUUCCUUCACAGGAAGGAGAUGUUGACGGUUGAAUCUGUAAAGGCCUCCAUCGGCGCUUACCAGGCUGUUGUAGACAGCGCAGACUUCGACAUUUUGGCGUACGUACUUAGUCAUACCAGGCCAGUAAAACAUGCUCUGCGCUUGUUGGAGGGACCCUUCCACACCGGGGUGGCCCCUGUGGACAACGCCAAAAUACUUGUCCUGAAGAACAGCUGGGAUGAUUGCUUUUUGACCCUUGAUUAUAACCCCAUCCUGUACUACCAUUCCUCGCGAACUAGGGUACGGGAGGCGUUAGCAACAGGUCUGCAGUCACCGGCAGUGGAAGUCUGUAGGCAAGCAGUGCCAAGUCCAUAUUGGGAUGCGACACAUGUGAGUGUCGCUGGCAACCUUAAAGCAAAGUUGUGGGAGUUAAAAGAAGCCUCAGUCCCCGGGGGUGAGCCACAGUGUGCUGAGGAGGCAGCGAUGGACAUGGCGGUACAGCAGCCCCGUGAUCUGGUGCGCUGCUUCACCCUUCUGCUGCUCCACGCCUGGGUCACAGGGAACCCCUCUGUCCCACUCCGUCUGGUGAAUGGGAACAACAUGUGCUCCGGGAGAGUGGAGGUCUAUCAUAACUCCACCUGGGGCACCAUCUGCGGCAGGAGCUGGGAUAUCAAUGCGGGGAACGUGGUCUGCAGAGUGUUGAACUGUGGGACGGCACGGUCAGUAACAACAGCUGUCUCCUACGGAGAGGCCACUGGGAACAUCUGGCUGGAUGGGGUGACGUGUAACGGGACAGAGCCUGCCCUCGACCAGUGUCCUGCCAGCCCAUGGGGGGUGAAUAACUGCACACACGGAGAGUACGCUGGAGUCUCCUGCUCAGGUCCGGUGCCCGUCCGUCUGGUGAAUGGGAACAACAUGUGCUCCGGGAGAGUGGAGGUCUAUCAUAACUCCACCUGGGGCACCGUCUGUGGCACGAGCUGGGAUAUCAAUGCGGGGAACGUGGUCUGCAGGGUUUUGAACUGUGGGACUGCCCGGUCAGUAACAAUAGCUGUCUCCUACGGAGAGGCUACUGGGAACAUCUGGCUGGAUGGGGUGAAGUGUAAUGGUACAGAGCCUGCCCUCGACCAGUGUGCUGCCAGCCCAUGGGGGGUGAAUAACUGCACACAUGGAGAGUACGCUGGAGUCUCCUGCUCAGGUCCGGUGCCCGUCCGUCUGGUGAAUAGGAACAACAUGUGCUCCGGGAGAGUGGAGGUCUAUCAUAACUCCACCUGGGGCACCGUCUGUGGCAGGAGCUGGGAUAUCAAUGCGGGGAACGUGGUCUGCAGGGUUUUGAACUGUGGGAGUGCCCGGUCAGUAACAAUAGCUGUCUCCUACGGAGAGGCUACUGGGAACAUCUGGCUGGAUAGGGUGACGUGUAACGGGACAGAGCCUGCCCUCGACCAAUGUCCUGCCAGCCCAUGGGGGGUGAAUAACUGCACACACGGAGAGUACGCUGGAGUCUCCUGCUCAGGACCGGUGCCGGUCCGUCUGGUGAAUGGGAACAACAUGUGCUCCGGGAGAGUGGAGGUCUAUCAUAACUCCACCUGGGGCACCGUCUGUGGCAGGAGCUGGGAUAUCAAUGCAGGGAACGUGGUCUGCAGGGUGUUGAACUGUGGGACGGCCCAGUCAGUAACAACAGCUGUUUCCUAUGGAGAGGCCACUGGGAACAUCUGGCUAGAUGGGGUGAAGUGUAACGGGACAGAGCCUGCCCUCGACCAGUGUCCUGCCAGCCCAUGGGGGGUGAACAACUGCACACACGGAGAGUACGCUGGAGUCUCCUGCUCAGGUCCGGUGCCCGUCCGUCUGGUGAAUGGGAACAACAUGUGCUCCGGGAGAGUGGAGGUCUAUCAUAACUCCACCUGGGGCACCGUCUGUGGCAGGAGCUGGGAUAUCAAUGCGGGGAACGUGGUCUGCAGGGUUUUGAACUGUGGGACUGCCCGGUCAGUAACAAUAGCUGUCUCCUACGGAGAGGCUACUGGGAACAUCUGGCUGGAUAGGGUGACGUGUAACGGGACAGAGCCUGCCCUCGACCAGUGUCCUGCCAGCCCAUGGGGGGUGAAUAACUGCACACACGGAGAAUACGCUGGAGUCUCCUGCUCAGGUCCGGUGCCCGUCCGUCUGGUGGAUGGGAACAACAUGUGCUCCGGGAGAGUGGAGGUCUAUCAUAACUCCACCUGGGGCACCGUCUGCGGCACAAGCUGGGAUAUCAAUGCGGGGAACGUGGUCUGCAGGGUGUUGAACUGUGGGACGGCCCAGUUAGUAACAACAGGUGCAUUCUAUGGAGAGGCCACUGGCAACAUCUGGCUGGAUGGGGUGAAGUGUAACGGGACAGAGCCUGCCCUCGAUCAGUGUCCUGCCGGACCAUGGAGGGUGAAUAACUGCAAACACGGAAAGUACGCUGAAGUCUCCUGCUCAGGUCCGGUGCCCAUCCGUCUUGUGAAUGGGAACAACAUUUGCUCCGGGAGAGUGGAGGUCUAUCAUAACUCCACCUGGGGCACCGUCUGCGGCAGGAGCUGGGAUAUCAAUGCGGGGAACGUAGUCUGCAGUGUGUUGAACUGUGGGACGGCCCGGUCAGUAACAACUGGUGCAUUCUACGGAGAGGCCACUGGGAACAUCUGGCUGGAUGAGGUGAAAUGUAAUGGGACAGAGCCUGCCCUCGACCAGUGUUAUGCCAGCCCAUGGGGGGUGAAUAACUGCAACCACAGUGAGGAUGCUGGAGUCUCCUGCUCAGGUCCGGUGCCCGUCCGUCUGGUGAAUGGGAACAACAUGUGCUCCGGGAGAGUGGAGGUCUAUCAUAACUCCACCUGGAGCACCAUCUGCAGCAGUUGCUGGGAUAUCAAUGCAGGGAAUGUGGUCUGCAGGGUGUUGAACUGUGGGCCGGCCCGGUCAGUAACAACAGCUGUGUCCUAUGGAGAGACCACUAGGAACAUCUGGUUGUAUGGGGUGAAGUGUAGCGGGACAGAGCCUGCCCUCGACCAGUGUCCUACCAGCCCAUGGGGGGUGAAUAACUGCACACACGGAGAGUACGCUGUAGUCUCCUGCUCAGAUCUGCUGCCCGUCCGUCUGGUGAAUGGGAACAACAUGUGCUCCGGGAGAGUGCAGGUCUAUCAUAACUCCACCUGGGGCACCGUCUGCAACAGGAGCUGGGAUAUCAAUGCGGGGAAUGUGGUCUGCAGGGUGUUGAACUGUGGGACGGCCCGGUCAGUACCAACAGCUGCAUCCUACGGAGAGGCCACUGGGAACAUCUGGCUGGAUGAAGUGACGUGUAACGGGACAGAGCCUGCCCUUGACCAGUGUCCUGCCAGCCCAUGGGGGGUGAAUAACUGCACACAUGGAGAGUACGCUGAAGUCUCCUGCUCAGGUCCGGUGCCUGUCCGUCUGGUGAAUGGGAACAACAUGUGCUCCGGGAGAGUGGAGGUCUAUCAUAACUCCACCUGGGGCACCGUCUGCAGCAGGAGCUGGGAUAUCAAUGCGGGGAACGUGGUCUGCAGGGUGUUGAACUGUGGGACGGCCCAGUUAGUAACAACAGGUGCAUUCUAUGGAGAGGCCACUGGGAACAUCUGGCUGGAUGGGGUGAAGUGUAACGGGACAGAGCCUGCCCUCGACCAGUGUCCUGCCAGACCAUGGAGGGUGAAUAAUUACACACACGGAGAGUACGCUGAAGUCUCCUGCUCAGGUCCGGUGCCCGUCCGUCUGGUGAAUGGGAACAACAUGUGCUCCGGGAGAGUGGAGGUCUAUCAUAACUCCACCUGGGGCACCGUCUGCAGCAGGAGCUUUGAUAUCAAUGCGGGGAACGUGGUCUGCAGGGUGUUGAACUGCGGGACGGCCCGGUUAGUAACAACUGGUACAUUCUACGGAGAGUCUACUGGGAACAUCUGGCUGAAUGGGCUGAAGUGUAACGGGACAGAGCCUGCCCUCGACCAGUGUUAUGCCAGCCCAUGGGGGGUGAAUAACUGCAACCACAGUGAGGACGCUGGAGUCUCCUGUUCAGGUCCGGUGCCCGUCCGUCUGGUGAAUGGGAACAACAUGUGCACCGGGAGAGUGGAGGUCUAUCAUAACUCCACCUGGAGCACCGUCUGCGGCAAGAGCUGGGAUAUCAAUGCGGGGAACGUGGUCUGCAGGGUGUUGAAUUGUGGGACGGCCCGGUUAGUAACAACUGCUGUCUCCAACGGAGUGGCCAUUGGGAACAUCUGGCUAGAGGGGGUGAAGUGUAACGGGACAGAGCCUGCCCUCGACCAGUGUCCUGCCAGCCCAUGGAAGGUGAAUAACUGCACACAUGGAGAGUACGCUGAAGUCUCCUGCUCAGGUCCGGUGCCCGUCCGUCUGGUGAAUGGGAACAACAUGUGCUCCGGGAGAGUGGAGGUCUAUCAUAACUCCACCUGGGGCACUGUCUGUGGCAGGAGCUGGGAUAUCAAUGCGGGGAACGUGGUCUGCAGGGUGUUGAACUGUGGGACGGCCAGGUUAGUAACAACAGGUGCAUUCUACGGAGAGGCCACUGGGAACAUCUGGCUGGAUGGAGUGAAUUGUAACGGGACAGAGCCUGCCCUCGACCAGUGUCCUGCCAGCCCAUGGAGGGUGAAUAACUGCACACACGGAGAGUACGCUGGAGUCUCCUGCUCAGGUCCGGUGCCCGUCCGUCUGGUGAAUGGGAACAACAUGUGCUCCGGGAGAGUUGAGGUCUAUCAUAACUCCACCUGGAGCACCGUCUGCGGCAAGAGCUGGGAUAUCAAUGCGGGGAACGUGGUCUGCAGGGUGUUGAAUUGUGGGACGGCCCGGUUAGUAACAACUGCUGUCUCCAACGGAGUGGCCACUGGGAACAUGUGGCUAGAGGGGGUGAAGUGUAACGGGACAGACCGUGCCCUCGACCAGUGUCCUGCCAGCCCAUGGAAGGUGAAUAACUGCACACAUGGAGAGUACGCUGAAGUCUCCUGCUCAGGUCCGGUGCCCGUCCGUCUGGUGAAUGGGAACAACAUGUGCUCCGGGAGAGUGGAGGUCUAUCAUAACUCCACCUGGGGCACCGUCUGUGGCACGAGCUGGGAUAUCAAUGCGGGGAACGUGAUCUGCAGGGUGUUGAACUGUGGGACGGCCCGGUUAGUAACAGCAGCUGUCUCUAACGGAGAGGCCACUGGGAACAUCUGGCUGAAUGAAGUGACGUGUAACGGGACAGAGCCUGCCCUCGACCAGUGUCCUGCCAGCCCAUGGAGGGUGAAUAACUGCACACACGGAGAGUACGCUGAAGUCUCCUGCUCAGGUCCGGUGCCCGUCCGUCUGGUGAAUGGGAACAACAUGUGCUCCGGGAGAGUGGAGGUCUAUCAUAACUCCACCUGGGUCACCGUCUGCGGCAGGAGUUGGGAUUUCAAUGCGGGGAAUGUGGUUAGUAACAGCAGCUGUCUCUAA